AUGGUCUUAUUGGUGAAUAUCUGGAAGAUUAAUUCAACUAAAGCUUUGGUCUUUGCUUGUGUCAUCGUCGGUGUGCUGGCUCUUCUUUACCAAGGAAUCAAAUUCCUGCUCAACUACAUGGAAUGUGAGGAUAUAUGUGCCCAGUUUUGUAACCGCUACCGACGCCGAUUCUGUACAGGGCGACACCUACUGGAGACUUUAUUGCACAUGGUAAAAGUUGCCGGCGGUUAUCUCCUUAUGCUUCUAGUCAUGUCCUAUAACACGUGGAUUUUUGUUGCUGUCGUCUCAGGACUGACUCUCGGCUUUUUCUGUUACGGUUGGUCAAUACAAGAUAUGCCUGCAACAGGGACAGAAACAACAGUGGUCAGCAAAUCACAGGCGAAAUCGAAAUCAAAUUCAAAGUCGAAGGGUAGCAAAGGUAAAACGAAGCAGAAAGGGAGCAGGGACAGAGGCCCUCAAAACGGGCAUAUGAUGAGCAUGAACCCACCACAUUUAUUAAGCCGGAAUGUAUUGUACCCUGGCGAGCAUCAAGGACGAUUUAUUGCCUUGUUGGACCAAGAUUUAGAUGUGACGGAGGUGUGA